AUGAGGCUGGUUCUUGAUAAAAAAACCAUUAAGUUUGCACCUGAGUUUAAUGUCUACAUAGAUACCCUCAUCAAUGUCUAUGAAAUCAUGAUUAAGGCUGUCAGCUUUGUGCCAAGAGUUGAGACAAAAUUGUAUUCCCAAUGGGAAAGCAAACCUAAGCCAACAAACUUGAAGCCCAUAAUUCUGAAAGAAAUCAUAGAUGCUCAUAAGGAAAAGAUUAGAGAGGUGGUGUUACAAGAGAGCAUGGAACCAACCGAGCACCUCAAAAUGUAUGACAAGUAUCAGUUCUUGAUUACUGGAAAAGCUGAGCAUGAUACUGAUGAGUUCCUGUUUCAAAAUCAGAACUAUGAGAGACUAAUAGAGGAAAUUCGAAAAUACCAAAAGCUAAAAGAAGAAAUACAGUACACAUCUCGAAAGACUGUUCGUUUGGGAAUGUUUGAAAUGCACUUUGAGGAACUGAUCAAAUCGUUAGUGAAGCGAGCAGAUGUCAUCUGUGGGAAACUGAUAGCCAAGAUGUUCCGCGAUCACCAGGAACUAAACACAAUGUACGCGAGU